AUGUCUGGCGACACCACAGAGGCGGCAAACCAGACGGAGCUGGCCUCGUCACUAAGCGGUGAUGUUGGCUCAGGCUCGGGUCACUGGGACUCGCUGCGGUUCAACUCGGCACGGUACGGGUGUGACGGGCUUAACGGCGUCGUUGGCCGCGCGGAGAUUGAGCUCUCCUUUACAGACUUUGUCGAGACGUUUGAGCCGGUGCUUGCGCCGGCAUCGCCCGGCAGUGAACCGAGCGCUAUGACGGUCGAGCUUGUCUCGCUGCGGGUCCUCCACUCGCUGCGGCAGCGCGAGCUCGCGACCAGCUCGCCGUGUUCAGAGGCAGACGACAGCGUCCGCCACGAUCUGGGGGCCAUGGACGUCCUGGCUCUGCCGGCGAGUGUUGUGGCACGCAUUGCGUCGCUUCUUCCGAUCGAGGACCUGCUCACGGCCGGUGAUGUGUGUCUUGCGUGGCGCGAGCGGUUCCGGUCCAACGACAUCUGGCGCCAGGCGUGCCGGCUGGCGUGGGGCCGACUUCCAGCAUGCGCCGACAAUAACGACGGCUCACUGGCUGCGGCCGCAGAAGCAAGUAUUCGUGCGGCUGCCUCCCCGGUCGACGGCCUCAUCCUUGCACUCGAGUACCCGGCGUCGGCUCCGCCCGACCCCGAGACGCUGUUGAGCGAACGAGACAGUCCUCAGCCGGUUCCGCGCGUUCUCGAACUUGUCUCUGGUGAUGUCCUUGAUCGACUCAACGCCUAUCUUCGCAAGCCGCAGCCGUCGCUGCUGGUCAAGCUACUGGCAACAUACGCUGACGACGGCCAGCCCCAGGUGGCAUCGGCGGCGAUGACGUACGUUCUGCAGCAACUCAAGUUCCGAGCGUUCAAGUCUGCGGUCAUGUCGUUUCUCCUCGACGACCUCACACCAACCCAGAUUGGGUGGUGCGAGGCGUUCACCCAAGCGCGAACCGCCGGUGUCGCCGCCGCGCAGUGGGAGGCCGACGCGCUCCUGCCGGUCUUUGAGACUGCACGGGCGGCGCUCAAGGCGUCCGAGGCUUCGGCGCCUGCGCUCCGCGCCCAGGUCGAAGCCCUUGUCGUGCCGCAGCAUCGGGCGCUUGGACAAGUCCUUGUUCACCGCAUCUCCGGCGUCCUGCCCUCGCUCUUUGCCUCGGUCGACCUCGACAGCGAGACCUCGCCGCUAUUUGCGGCGCUCCACGGCGCGCUCGCGUCGCACCUCGCUGCCGCCGCUGCCCAGCAUGUUCCACUCGUCGACGUCACGCCGUUUAACGUCGACCGAGUUCUCACCGACCUCGUCGACUCGGGUCUCACCUCAGGCCAAUUCUUUUCCACGCCGGUCGAGGUUCAAUACGUGGCCCACCUCGUCAUUGUGCACUUUCGUUUCGCGUCGGCUAAACGGCCGUCGCGGGUCACCUCGCUUCUCACCUUCAAGUCGAGCUCAAACACAGGCUCGGGCUCACUGGCGAUGGCGGCAGCGGCUGCAGCUGCGGCGGCGAACGGCGAGGCGACGCUCACCCGCUCGCUGUCGUCAUCGAUCUCACACACGACAAGCUGGAAGCCGACGCCGUCUCUAGACGUCAUUGUGGGUGCGGUGCCAGACACUCUGCUCAACACCUUUGUCUGUGCGCUGCUGCAGAUCCCGCUGCUUCGCGGCGAGUUUGUGAGGCGGCUCUCUGACGGGCGACGGGCGCUGGCCAUCAACGCCAUUCUCGCGGUUCUGGCCGCGCGGACCAAGGCCGGGGCGUCAUCGUUGCGGGCGGUGCUCCUCCGGGGCUACUUUGCGCAGCUAAGUCUCGACCCGGCCAACGACCCUCGCGAGACAAACCUCGUCGAGCUCAUUGAUGCCAUCCUGCAGGCUAUCGAGGCGGGCGCUCCAAGAGGCUCGACGCUCAUGGCCGACAUUGCCGCCGGCUUUACAGCGCUCGGUGCGUACUGGACCGGACCGCGGCUCAAGACCCUCUUCCAAGAGGUUGAGCGGGCAACAACGACGUUUGUCUCGGACUUUGUUCCCUCGUUUGUCUCGAUGUGGCACACUAUCCAAGACUUUCAACUCACCGACGAGGUCCAGCACGGCCUCUUGGAGCGCGACGGCGGCCUGUUUGGCUCGCUCACGGCCGAGGAGCGCCCGCUCCGUGAAGUGCUCGAGAGCCUGCUGGCCCUCCGGCUCCUGCUCUCGGCGGCGGUCAUCGAGACCCACCGCAAGUCAGGCCUCCUCAUGCACGCCUUUUCAUAUGCCAACCGCAUCAAGCAGCUCUGUGGGUUUGGCCUCCUCCUCUCGACAGUGGCCUCACUCGGCAUCGAGGCCGACGACGACGAUAGCGAGUGCUUUGGCGACGCCAACCUGCUCAACCUUUUCUUUGACGUUGUGCAGAACCCGUCGGUUCUUCGCGACCCCGACGAGCUCGAUGUCGCCUUUGUCUACCACGAGGCCGCCGCCUCGCUCGCCCGGCUGACAGAGCGGCAGGAAGCGCGCCUGGCGCAGGUCGUCAGCAGCGCCGAGGUUUCCGGUCCUGAGCUCAGCGAGCUUGUCCUCGCGUUUGAAGCCGACUCGGAGCAAGUGCUCGGGCUGAAGGAAGCGCUCGGAGUGGUGGUGUCGAAUCCCGAACUGGCGCAGGGCCCGCUGGAGGAACUUGGCGUUGACACAGGCGUUGUCCACAAGCGAGUUGUCGAGUGUGCGGUCCAGCUCGAGACAAUGCGGGUCCAGGCGGAGAGCAUCCAGGCGCGGCUGGUUGAUGGCCUCCUGGCGUCGGCGCUGGUCGAGCUGGCGGGGCUCGGCCCGCUUGACCGUCAAGUCCGCGAUUCGCUGGCAAGCGCGUCGAUGGUCGCCGGCGAGGCAGAGGCGCUCAAGACGCUUGGUGAGUUUGUGCGAUUUGCCGAGGUCUCUGCGCUCGGCUUGCUCCCUUUCCACUUGCUGGAUCAGUGGCAGCAAACUGUGCGGCUGGCAGCGGCGGCGUACGCUGCGGUGGCAGCAAUGGCCCUGGCGGACCAUACUCUCGCGCUUCCGUUUCUCGCCUUCCGGUUCUGGAUUCGCGGGGGGAGUAAGUGCGAGCUGGUCCUGGGCUCGCUGUCAGCCACCGUGCUGGAAAAGUGGCUCGAGGCGUACGAGGUGGGCCAGCUGGCGAGCUCCACGCGCGACGCGGUCGAUAGUAUCGUGACGGCCGAGGCCGAGCUCGGUGAGCUCAACACCCGGCUGGGCAAUCUGCUCUCGCGGCGCUCCGAUGUCAAGGGCUUUAUGAUGGCGUACGAGGGCUACGAGCUGGCGCAUGCCCGUGAGCCCGAGCGGGCCGAGGCCAAGUUUGCAGCUCAGCGGGGCGCGGCGCUCGGCUUUGUGCAGAGCCUCGGUGGUGAGGGCGAAGGCGAGGCGGCGGUCCCGGUCUGGUCGCAGGCGGCCAAAACCCAGCUCGCGGCCAAGACAGCGGCGCUCCGCGAGACCAGCGUCGAGUGGGUCGAGUGCCGGGCCGGCGAGCUUGUGGCCCAGCGGGAGCGGUUCUUUAGCUUUCUCCGCGACGUUGUCUCGGUCCUUGACGAUCUGCUGGCAUGCGAGCGUGCACGAGUGCGGCGGAUGCGAAUGCUCUUGCUGGAUUUGACGUUCAUGGAAGCGCGGGCGAAUGGCAUGCUUGACGCGCUGCCGCACCGAUUGGCGGUGUGCAAGUCUGGGCUCUCGGUGGCCACGUUUAGCAAUGAGAGCACAGCGGCGAGUGAGCUGCUUGACCCUGCGUGGCCGCUAGUCUCGAGUGAGCUCGGGCUUUCUGCACAGGCACCGCUUGUGGUGGAGCUCGAGCUAGUGACUGUGGACGACAUGUGGUCGCGAGCGAUGGGCGAACUUGCACGGCUCUCUGCCGAGAUGGGCUCGUCGUGGCUAGGCAAGCUGGUCUCGGAGCUCGGUUCGCCGGUGAGCGUUUGGAACAGAGACGGGCGAGCCGGCCUCCUGGCGGCGAUCCGCAAGCUUGACGCAGCAGCCAAUCGAGCGCCCAAGGCGCGGCGGACCCUGACGCAGCUAGCCGGGGAGUACCUUGCCGUGGAGCGGCAACUUCCCGCCGAGGCCGAGCCAGCAAGCCUGGCGCUGAGCCGAAGCGUGAUGGUGACGAGCGAGCUCGGAGUGCGGCAGCUGUCGAUCGAGCAGGCAACGGCGGUGUUUCACUCGUUCCCGCUGGCCGACGACAUCCGCCGAGUCGAGCCUGUCCAUCACGGGCUACGGUACAGACCAUCGCGGGCGCCGAUGGCGCAGAUGGCGGUCCAGCACCUGGGACGGCUGUUGUUUGGCGCCUCAUCGCCGGUGGCAUGGUCGACCGAGGUCUCGAUCAGGACGGUUGGCAGCGAUGAGGCGCGGGUCGAAUCGCUCUGCGGCAAGCAGCUUGUGAGCCGCGUGGCCGGCAUCGAUCUGGCGCGCGCAUUGCGAUGGUACCCGCAGCUUGUAGAUGCGAUUGAUAUUGGGUCGUUCUCGCGAGCGUUUGUGAUGUGUGUGCUGGCUGUACCCGACUCGCUGGCUGCCGGCCUCGUCUCGCUCCAGCUGUGCAUGAGCGAUGGCAAGCUGACGGCGUUUGUGGCGAUUGACGAUGCGCAGAGUGGCUUUUCCGGGCGCGGUGGGGUGCGACUGCGGUCGAUCCUGCUCUGCAUGCCGCAAAUGCUUGCGGCGUUUGAGGCAACGACACGCGAGGUAGUGCUCGCGAUCGAACCUGCGCUCUUUGUCCUUGAGUGGCUCGGGUUGGUGACCGGGGCCGCGGCGAGGGUCUCGAGCACGUUGUGGGGCAAGCAUAGUGCGCGGAUGGUGUACUCUCGGCUAGUGGCGCUGCAGAGAGUGCUACAGGACGAAGAGUCGGCCUCCCACCUCGCUCUCCUCAACGCUGUCUCGCCGACCGUGGGCGCGCUGUACUCGGCAGCAAUCGAGUCAGAGGAGUACACGUCCGGGUUCUCGGCGUCGCUGCCGGAAGCGCUGUACCGGCGGUCGCGGUACUGGCCGUGGAGCGAGGGCGGUAAGGAGACGAGCAAGUAUGAGCGUUUUACAAUGGCGCGCGCGAUUGAGGACUUGCUGCCGGUGGUGGACCUGAAGCUGCUGCGUCAGAGCGACGAAGAGCUUCUGCUCGAUGCAGCACUCCGGGUGCCAGGCCUGACCAAGCUGACGCUUGUCGACCCAGGUGUGCCGCUGGGUAAGCUCGUGGAGGCUGUGGCAUGGGCGCCGGAGCUGAUGUGUGUGCGGUUGGUGCAGAGCACUGGGCAGGCGCCGCUGAAGUCACUGACGACUGAAGGGCUGAUGGCACUUGGUACGGCGGUGUCGCAGCUCGAGCUUGGCCUCCUUCCUGGGGUGGAAGUCGCAGAUUGGCGGCGGCUGAUCACGUCCGGAGUGGCGCUUACAAUUGUACUUGGGGCCGAGGGCGACGGGUUCCGGAUGUGUGGGUCGCCGCCAGAGGAGCUUGAGCUUUGGCGCGAGCUUGUGGGCGUGCAGAUGUGGCUGCUGGAGCAGGGCAGUGAUGCCGGGCUUGUGCAGGUUGUGCGCUCUGUGGCACAAAGUGUGGCAACCAAGCCUGGGGCGCUGGCUACAUUUCUGGCGCUGGAGGUCUCGCACGGACGGUCUGUUUUUGACUUUGCGGUGUACGAGAAGCGGAGCGGGGCUGUGCGGCGGCUGCUGGAGUUCUCGCCAUCGUUGACCUCGUACGACACGUUUGGCUACACGCCGCUGCAUCGGGCGGCUGCGAUGUGUGCGCCCGACCUUGUUCAGAUGCUGCUGGAGGCGUACGCGGCGCGGUGUGGCAGCCACGUGAGCCGGCUGGAGUCACACUUUGCGUACGUGGGGCUCGCGAGUGGGGCGUCGGGAAAGCGGACGGCACUGCACUAUGCUUGCGAGAGCAAGUCGCACGAGUGCGUGCAGCUUCUGCUGUCGGGUGUGGGCGCCGUCUCGCGCCGCGAGAUUGUCCGCGGGGUCGGAGCCAAUGGCGAGGAUCUGAAUCGCGUGGUGUACGGGUCCGGAGAGGACGACGAGAUUGUAAUUGCUGCGGAGCGGCAGGCGCAGCUGGAACUGCUUGCGCGGCCGGAGCUUGACGACCACAAGACGCCGCUGCACAUUUGCGCACGGCAGGGCGAUGCGCGGACGGUGCGGCUACUGCUGGAAGCUGGGGCGCCUGUGAACGCGCUCACCGAGGUGUGGGGCUACUCAGCGCUGCACUUUGCAACGAAGAACGGGUUUGCGGAAACGGUUGUGCUCCUUGUGCAGUACGGGGCCAAGGUGUUUGUGAAGAAUGCCAACGGCGACACGCCUGUGGACCUUGCGUUCCGGCAUGGGCGGUACAAGAUCAUGCAGCUGUUCAUUGAUCCGCAGCUCCUUGUACGGUACGUCGAGUCGCCGCAGCUGCUCGAAGAAGAUGCAAGCAAGGGUGUGGAGGGGUACUACUCUGACGCGGUGGCUGGGAGCCGGCGGUCGGAGGUUGUGCUUGGGCUGGACUACAUGGCGGACGCGCGGCUGUCUGCGGCGUACGCCAGUCACGCGGCACAGUAUACCGACGGGGCGAACCGGGUGGUGGAUGUUGCGCCGUAUGUUGAGGCGGCGAUGCUGUACAACGCGGCGGUGGAGGUGCUGCACGGAACGAGCGAGGUGUGCGACGGGCUGGAUGCCGAGGCCUUUGAGUCAUACCUGGUCAAGAAGAUGGAGCGCGUGGAGGGCUUUUUUGUUAGCGACGAGCUGGGCACGAUGCUCACGGAAGAGACCGUGGCUUUCACCGCCAAGUUCCGAGAGCGGUUUGCGCAGCUGCGCGAGGCGCAAGUGGCGGCGAGCGCGUCCGGGAUGGUGAGCGUGCAGGCCGGCGAGCGGCAGAUGGGGCUUUUGCGGGAGAUGUGGGAGCACGCCGUGCUCUCUGUCUCUGCUGUGGUGGAGGUGCCUGCGCUUGCGGUGCUUGUGAUGCGGAGCGGUGAGGCACUUGUGCACGAGCCUGUUGAGGUUGUUGUUGCUGUCGAGAGCAAUUCACCGGGGGCGAAACGGUUUGUGUACAACAUGCUCUCGCUGUUUGCGGUGAAGCUGGCGAACCUCGGCGAGCUCCGGGGUGGGCUCCGUACGGAUGGUAGCGUUUCGGUGCACUGUGCCGAGUCUGGACUCCGGCUCAAGCUUGCCUAUGACACGACGGUGGUGCGAUCGCCUGCGGUGGUUGCCAAGCUCCUCGCGACGCGGCGCUGCGGGUAUGAUGUGCUGUGGGAGACGCCCGGAUCGCGUGUGACUGCGGCGCUGUCUGGCGCGCUCAAGAAGCUGCGCGGCGAGAAGAUCGGUGGCGGGCUGUUUUCUCGUGUGUAUGCGCGACAUGCGCAAGGAAGCACGAUUGUGGCGAACGCGGUGUUCGGGUUUGCGGUUCAGUUUGAGGACGGAAUGCUGUUUGCAGGCCGGCAAGCGCAGAUUGACCUCGGGCGCGAGAUGAUGUGCGUAGUGCGCGAGUGCGUGUACGGCAUGUGUGUGUACUACGGAGUGGGCAACGACAGGGCAUUUGGGAUGGAGGCAUUGGUCCGGAAGCGGGUUGUGCCCGAGAGCGUGGGCGCCGAGGUGACAAGUCUACUGCAUGCACUCGGGCUGCAGCGCAACUUGGCGCGCCAGGUUUACAGGGCGAGCGACGACCGGGCUUUUGUGGCCGAAUUUGUGCAGGGCGAAGAGAGCAAGAUGUACACGAUGGCCGGCUCGACGCUGGACGAGAUGCUUGCGACGGUGCUUGCGUUUGUGGCGUGCGCCAAGCUCUGGGUUGUGGUACCCGUGAAGGAGAAACUGGACGUUUGGUCGCACUACCGCACGUCUGGCUACCGCGGCGUACCCGACCGGGUGCGGCUCGAGCGGCUGGGCCUGUGCGCGCGGGCGGGCGGGGGCGACGCGAGCGUGCCAGUGGUGAGCACAACGCGGCCGCGGGCCAACUCGGUGUUUGAGUCGCUCAACUCUGCCGAGGUGCGUGCAGCAAGCGCUGCACUCGGGCUGAGCAGUGGUACUGGUGACGAGGUGUCGCUCCCAUCGCUGGUGCCGGGGGUGUGGAUGAGUGGCGCAAGCUCGCCGUGGGAGGGGCGCGAGGCGUCAUAUCCGUCGCUCGCGCCGGCAGUGUGGAUGAGCGGAGCGAGCUCGCCGUGGGAUGCCAACAACGUGAACGAGGCCGACUUUGACGCCGAAAUCGAGGGCGUGCUCGACUUUGCACGAGCUGCGGGCGAACGAAUGGAGAGCUCGAUGGCGUGGUGGGACGAGGGAUGCGUGCUGCACUUUGCGGGGCGGGCAGCACUGCGGAUCGGGCUUUUAGAGCGUGGACGCGAGCUUCUGGAGCGAUCGCGGGACGGCACGUCGCGGUGGCUCAAGGAUUCGCCGCGUGUGCUGCUGGACAAGCUGUGGAUUGGCCAUGCUGCGGCGUGCUGCGGCGACUACGAGGCUGCGCUGAGCGAGCUUGUGGGCUUUGAGCAGCUCUCAGAGCGGCUGGACAUGGAGCUGCCGUGCCACCGUACGAUUUCGAGCGGGUGGCGUGGGAUUGUGGCGAUGGAGGCUGAGCUUUCGGCGGCAGCCGAGAGUGCCAGCGUGGCGCUGCUUCCGCCAGAGGCGUGGGCUGCGGUGAUCGACGUUGUGGAGGCGCUAGUGACGCUGAGCAUGCACACUGUGGCGUGGGUGCGAGAUGCAUUUGUGCGCGGGUCAGUCCGUGUGGACGCGCUGGAGCCUGUUCGGGAUGCGGCACGCGGACACGCCAACGGAGAGGCGCGGGAGCUGCUUCUGCAGUUUGCACUGUUGGCAAGCGAGGUGCUCGGCGAGGCGCGGCCUGCCGAGGCGCUCCUGCUGUGCGCUGUGCUUGAGCUCGAUUUGCGGUCGCGUGCGACGCUCGAGGCGCGCGCGCUUGUGCUGCGGGUGGAGAUCCUGCUGCGCGGACUGGAGCCGGUGGCACUCUCAGUGGCGGCACAGCGCAAGUCGCGCUCAGCAGGAAUGGGCACGCGGCUGCUCUCGCUGGUGGCGGCGCUCAUUGGCGAGGUGGACGCAGCAGAGGACGCGAGCCGGAGCGAGGAGAGCGUGAACGCGAAUGCGAAUGCGAGCACGACCGAGGCUGCGGAAAAGCGCGAGCGAGCGAGUGCAGAGCGUGCCGGAGCGCUUGACGAAAUUGUGCGCUCUGAGGAGGUGUACCGCGACGCGAUGGUGUCGAUGGAGGAUGAAGUUGCGAUCCCGCUGCGCGAGGCCGGAGUUGUGAGCGAGGCGGAGUGGCGGGUGUUGUUCUCGCACCUAGGGCCCGUGCGGCGUGUGGCAUGUGAGUUUAUGAGCCGGCUCACCGAGGCAAUGAGCAGCGAGGGCGAUGCAGGCGCGGCUGUGGCGCAGGUAUUCCUGGACAUGAUUGGAUACCUCUCUGUGUUUUCACCGUACGUCAACGCGCUCGGCGAGGCGCAGGCGAUGCUUGCGCAGCUGUCGUCGCGUGAGGCGUUUGUGGCGUGGCGACAGAGUGUGGGCGCGAGCAUGCCACGCGGGCAGGGCCCGUUUUCUGGGCUGGAAAAGCCAUUCCAGCGGAUGCUCAAGUACCCGCUGCUUCUCGCGCGGGUGCAGAAGAACACGGAUGAGGAGCACGAGUCGUACGCUGUGAUUGCCGAGGCAGCGAGUGCGGUGCAGGCCAAGGCCAACGACAUCAACGAGAAGAAGCGGCAGGCGGAGCAGCGGGCGCGGCUGCUAGAGAUCUCGCAGCAGACGUGGAUCAACGACAAGCGAGCUGUGGAGCUUGUUGUGCCCUCACGCCGUGUUGUGGAAGAGGGAAAGGGCGUGCUGGUCUGGGGCGGAGUCGAAGAAGCUGUUGAGUGGGUGGCAUGCAACGACGUGGUGUUCUUUGUCCGGGGAGGAGGGGCGGUGAAGCAGCGGCGGCGGGUUUUGGCUGUCCUGGAAUGGAAGGACGUACGCGUGGAGGAAGUGUAUGGAUGGCCCGAAGUUGAGCUGGAAGACGUGGUGCGUGAUGUUGUGUACGCGAUUGGGUUUGAUGGAGAGGAGGAGUGUGAGCGGUUUGUUGCGAGCGCGAGCGCAAGCGAGCGAGCGUAAGUGAGCCAGCGAGCGGAAGCGAGCGCGAGCGAGCGGAAGCGAGCGCGAGCGAGCGGAAGCGAGCGCGAGCGAGCGGAAGCGAGCGCGAGCGAG